AUGGCAGCCAUGUUUGGAGUGUCUGCAAUUACAAUUUCCAGCUGUAAAAUGCAUUACAUCCCUCCAAAUAAAGCCAUGAUGCCCAUAUUUGAGUCAAGAUUAUUUCCCGUGAAACCAAUGGGAAGGCUAAACAUUCCUGAAGGAUUGUUCCUUGGGACAACAUCAAGCAUAAUAGGUUUAGUUGACCAGUUCAACACAUAUUUCCAAGAAAUGGUAAAUGUAAAGUUACAUUCCUUUCUCAUUAUAUAUUUUGUCUCAGGAAAGCUUGUCCUUGUGGCCAGUGAAAAGAAAGGACUUGGUGGAGCAAUGAAGUUCUUGUUUAGUUGCAAUGGCUGUUGGCAAGAAACUAUCAAUUAUCAGAGUAGUCACCUUGCUCUGGAGUCACAGCAUCAACUGGUGUCCUUAGCCCUAUCCGUAGCUUUUUUUAUAAGUGGGCAUGGCUAUGAGUCUUACAGAAAAACAAUGGGAAGGGGGUUGGGUUGGGGUGUUAUAUCAGAUAAGCUCUUUUUGGAUGUCAUUGAUCUUGCUUUCCCUCACAUCAGAGACAUCCUUGAUGAAAUGUGUGAGAAGGAGAAGGAAUACAUGAAAGCCCUUUCAUCAGACCAGUUGGGGAGUUGGUCUUGUGCUGUCACAACUUGCAAUGGUUGUUGGCAGAUCCAAGGUCAUUUUAGCCAGAACUGUACCUUUGUGGUAAAAAAUUACUUGACAGGUGGACUGCUCUAUUAUGGUCAUUUAUCAAUGAGGGGGGCUGAUAAUAUAUGCGAAGAAGAUUUGUGGAAGGGUACAUCGAAAGCUGCAGAGGGGCAUUUAGCCCAGGUUUUGUGGGCAGAAGCAAAAGAAGAGGGGCUAAAGGUGGAGGUUAACUGGCAGGAUGCUGACUCAUCAUCAGCGAAAGGAUUCCGAUACUCGUUUUCAAAUGAGCAAGAAUCCAGAGUAAUGUUGUGCGGGGGGGCAUGUGGGGAGGGCCCAUGGGAAGAAGCUCAUUGAGCUCCAGGCCAAGAGUUCAUUCAGCAAGGCAUUUAUUGACAGCCACAAAAAAGAUUACCCUGAUAUGGGGAAAAUGAAGUGUUGCUGUAUUGGGAAGAAGCACACUUAUGUGGCCACGCGCAAUAAACCAUCAUGUGGUUGUAUAAGCCCAGCGUUUAUUCAGAGUGCAAAACGCAACCAUUAUUGUGCACUAGUUCAGGCAGGACAGGAUCCUGAUAAAUAUAGGGAGACUAUGCUGUGUUUGGGAAAAUAUCAUUUCCGUGACAUACACAAAUGGGAAGGUGGUUCCUGUCAGUUUCAUCCUCUAAAGAAAUGCAGUUGUAAGGAAUGCCCAAGCGACGAGGAUGGUUUUUAUGAAAAUUUAAAAUGCCCUGGGGAAGCAUACCAUUCAGCCCAUGUUUUAAAGUGUGAAUUUCAUGCUCUGUGCUAUGAAAUAGAAUGUUCUUCUAGGACUAGGGAGGCAAAAAAAGUCAUUGACCGUGGGUUGGGAAAGGGGCACUCCAACCUGCCAGAAUCGACAUGUAGUGUCCUUACUAAGUUUAGGGCUAAGGAUGUCAACCUACAUCAGAAACACUACUAUGCAUCGACAAAUUUGGGUCUGAUACAGGCAAAUAUGACAUGGUGCUUCAAGAAGAGAGGGCCCGACUAUCACUGGAUAGUGGAUUUGUAUUCAAGACUGGGCUUGCCAUUGCUUGAUGGCAUCCAAGAAAUGGUAAGUGUUCUUAUUCGUUUACAUGUACAGGCAAAAUUUUAGUGCCUUAUAUAUUUUAUGAAUGUGUGAUAUAAUGCUAAAUAAAUAAAUCAGUGAAUCAUCUCAGACAUUUUGUUUUGCUCUAUUACACAUACACUAAAUUAUUACAUAACAGUGACAAAUUUGUCCUUAUUUCUCGGCAGUGUACAAAUGAUAACCAAGAUAGAAUGAAACGUUUGGAAAGAAAAAGGACUACAGAGGGAAAAAAGAAGCGGGUCUGAUUGAAAAUCAACAGGACAGAAGAACAAGCACUAAGCUAAAGAAAAACUUUCAUACCGCAAAUCAAACUGCAGAAACUAUUGUACCAAAACAACAUGCAAAAUACGAACACAAAAUUAAUGUCUAAAAUAUUUGUAUAGUAGUUUGUACAGAAGUAAUAUUUUGCAUUUAUUCCAACAACCAAAAACUACUCUUGCAGGAAGCAUAUGCUCAAUUUUUUCUCUUUUUAGAUGCUUCAAUUUAUAUUAUUACUGUAUUUUGACUGAUCCUGUGAGCUUGUGAAAGAAAGCACAACUUGUGUUAAAAUGUGCAGCGAUAUAUAUGGGUUAUUUGCCAAAAGUGAAGUCAAGAUGACUAGAUGUUCACCACAUUGAGUUGGAACAAAUGGAAACAAAAUAUACUUUUAUUGACUUUGCUAUUUUAGAAAGAAGCAUGUAAAAAACUGCCAAAUCAGACACACAUAUGGUGAUGAAGAUGGAGAGGAAACUUGUAAUGAGGAAGAAGCCCUGCUGCUAACAGAAACAGCUAUUGCAGAUGGAACUGCAGGACCUCCUCCUAUGUUGGCACCAGUUCCUCCCCUUGAAGGAGUUGACCUGGAAG